CAAAAAUGUAAUACGCUGUUUACAAUAAAUGAAGCUCAUAUUUGAAGAAUCACAUGAUAUAAGUAUCAUCUGUUUCUUCAUAGUUUGGUUUCUAUCAAAAUUAUUGUUUUUAAAAAUUAAGUGUUCCAAAUUUAUUACAAAAUAUAUACAUCAUUUACACAAGAGGCUAUUGGCGCUAAUGUCAUGGAUGAAGUUUGUUCUAGCAGUUCUUCAGAAAGUUUUGAGUCGGCCGAAGAAGAGGUUUGUCCCAACAAACAUUACGCGAGAUCUGCCGCACACACCGUGUUCAAUAAUGACCAAGGUCUCUUCGACAUCAGCCCGAGGAAUGCGUCUUUGAACAGUUGCAACGACUACCAGGCGGCCAUGGGCUGCAGGGUGGGCCAGGCACAACCUCCGACGCUCAGCCGGCUCCACGACAUAAUGGAGAAGGUGGUGGGCCCGGCGGAGUACACGCAGUUCGUAGGUCGCUCCACGCCAGACAAGCCUCUUGCAGAUACUAUGGUCGUAAGGAGGGUUAUGGAAAUGCUUGACAUAAAGAAUAAGAUAAUGUUGGCGACGAACGAGCUUCCAAAGGCCUUCGAGAAGAUUGCUGCAUCCCAUGCUGCAAGCCGUUACCAGGGUGCGAUGGAAGCCGCAGAACAUGAGAUGAGAGGUAUAUGCGAUGAAGGUAAAGCGGAGGAAGCAGCUGUCCAAGGAGUCGAGAAGUACCAAACGGGAUCAUUGAAAGCCGAAAUUCGAUCGCCACCCAAGAUCACCGUCCUUGGAUACAUUGGCUGCUAUGGUGAACCUGAGAAUACUCCUCCGAAACCGAAAAAGAAGUGUUGAAAUUUGAAAAUAUUAUUUUGAUGUUAAAUUAAGAAUUACACGUGUAUACUUCUGGUUCGUUUCCCAAGUAUUGUAUAUUAGAAAACUUUUACAAAACUACGACAUUACU